ACAGAAAAGAGUGGGAAUGUAAAAAACCUUAUAUAUUAUCCACUAAAGAUGUAUGUGUACCUCCGAGGAGGCAAGAAUUAUGUCUUGGAAACAUUGAUAGAAUAUACGAUAAAAACCUAUUAAUGAUAAAAGAACAUAUUCUUGCUAUUGCAAUAUAUGAAUCAAGAAUAUUGAAACGAAAAUAUAAGAAUAAAGAUGAUAAUGAAGUUUGUAAUGUCAUAAAUAAAAGUUUCGCUGAUAUAAGAGAUAUUAUAAAAGGUUCUGAUUAUUGGAAUGAUUUGAGCAAUAGAAAAUUAGUAGGGAAAAUUAACACAAAUUCAAAGUAUGUUCACAAGAAUAAAGAAAAUGAUAAACUUUUUCGUGAUGAGUGGUGGAACGUUAUUAAAAAAGAUGUAUGGAAUGUGAUGUCAUGGGUAUUCAAGGAUAAAACUGUUUGUAAAGAAGAUGAUAUUGAAAAUAUACCACAAUUCUUCAGAUGGUUUAGUGAAUGGGGUGAUGACUAUUGUCAAUAUAAAUUAAAAAUGAUAGAUACUUUGAAGGUUGCAUGUGAAGAAAAAGGUUAUGACGAUAUUACUUGUAAAAAUAAAUGCAGUUCAUAUAAAGAUUGGAUAUCAAAACAAAAAUAUCUAUAUGACAAACAAGUAACUAUAUACAAAGAGUAUCAAAGAAAUAAUAAUAGGAUUUAUCCUAUAGUUAAAACUAUGGAACCUAAGGUUUAUUUAAAGGAAUAUUCAAAAAAAUGUUCUAACAUAAACUUCGAAGAUGAAUUUAAUGAAGAAGUUCAUUCAG